AUGAAGGAAAUUGAUAGUUUGGCGACUAAUGAAGAGAAUGUGGACGUCGUCGAGAGGAAUUUAACUUCAUUUCGUUUUUCCGUGGAAGAGCUCAAGUCGGGUUUCGCUGCUCUUUUAAACGAUCUUGAGUCCGAGGAGGAUUUGGACGUUGCGAACGAAUGGUAUAUUAAUCAGAGUGGAAAGAUUAACGACUUUUUAGACAAAACUGUACUCUGGAUUUCAACGGCGAAAGAGACAAUCGAACAUAGCUUGGAAACAAGAUCUCAAGUUGGCUCGAUAUAUUCCACAUCGCAUCGUUCAAAGGCAUCAUCUAGACAUUCUAGCCGUUCGAUUACCUCAAGCAGAGCGAAAGAGAAAGCUAAAGCCGCCGAGUUAAUGGCCAGAGUUGCUAUGUUGGAUAAAAGGAAAGAGUUGGAGUUGAGAGUCGAGAAGUUACGCCUCGAAGAGCAGUUGGCAGUUGUUCGCGUGCGAGAGGGUGUGUUCGCUGAAAUUGAAAGGGGUGUCGGCGAUGCGGAUUCGACUGGUCGUCAAGAAUUGUCUCCGAAAGAUUCUUCUGUACAGGCAUCUACUUCAUCUGAGCCGUUUCUUCCGACUUCCUCAAGCGCUUACACGUCUCCAACCGUUACGUCUAACACUAUGACUAAAGUGAGCUUUACCGCUGAUUUAUAUGACGCUCCUAUGAUACAAACUCCUCCUAAGCCAAUGCAGCAUCCAAGUCUGAAUCCUUUUGCACCUGAGUUUCACGUCGUGGAAAUGAAGCAAGAUACACAGCCAUUGGGACAACCGAAACAAGAACCUUUCGCGAGUGAACCUCGAUACAUGGCCUACACACAUCAGAGUACUAAGCAGUUCUGUGAAGUCCUUCAACAGCAGAACAGAUUAACAGAAUUACUAGCAGAGCAACAUCAACAGAGUUUACUACCUUCUCUUACACUGACCAAGUUUAGUGGCGAUUCUUUGGAGUACUUUACCUUUAUAAGAAGUUUUGAAUCGCAAGUAGAGGCUAAGGUUAGCGUGAAUGAUGUGCGCCUGCAAUACUUAGAGCAGUAUUUACACGGAUAACCCAAGGACCUAAUCAAAGGAUGUCUUCACCUUGAUAGACACAGUGGGUACCUAGAGGCCAAAAGGCUCCUUAAUGAAAAGUAUGGGGACCCAUACAAGAUAUCCAACGCCUAUCUCAAGAAAAUUAACGAGUGGCCCUGCAUCCGACCAGGAGACGAGUUGGCAUUAGACAGAUUCUCCAUCUUCCUAAGUCAGUCCCGGAGCGCGAUGUCAACUCUAACCUACCUGUCUAUUCUAAAUCAUCCUCACAAUUUGCAAAGCAUGGUAACCAAGUUUCCAUUUACGCUUCAAGACCGAUGGCGCCGAGAAGCAAAUAGAAGGAGAGUGGCGGGUGGAGUGAUCCCCUCCUUUGCCGACUUCGUGAACUUCGUUAAUGCAGAAGCGGGAAUUGCGACCGACCCAGUCUUCUCUCGUGAAGCGUUCCGUCGUUUGGAUGGUACCUCAGAUCGACCUGAUCGUUCCAGCAAAGGCAGAGGUAAAAGCUUUGGCAAGUCUAAAACGCCUGGGAACCAUAAUGCUACUUCACAUCACGCCUCCAGUCACGCGACAGAUGUGACCGCUGACCAACAGUCAGGCUCACGCACUCCCAUUAACCUCUGUAAGUUGUGCAACAAGAACCAUGAUUUGGACGACUGUCAAGACUACUUGAAUAAAUCCUUGUCACAAAGGAAGGACUUCCUAAAGAAGAAAUCACUCUGCUUUGCCUGCUACAGUCCUGGACAUAGAUCCAACGUUUGUGCUUAGCGAAGGACCUGUAAGAGCUGCUCACGUCGACAUCCAACGGAUCUACAUGAUGAUAGCCUCGCCCUCAAUCAGGACGCCUCCAAACAGGUUAGCUCUACUCCUCCGCAACCAAAGGAGAACGUUUUAAAUGCUCACACCGAGGUGGAAGAAGCCCUCUGCAAUGCUGUAGGCACCGGAGAAUCAGUAACCGCCGUUCCUGUCGUUCCUGUUAGGCUGAAAUCUGCUGAAAGUGAAGUCCUCACUUACGCCAUGCUUGACACCUGCAGUACCGGUUCGUUCGUUAUUGACGAUAUCGCGACCACCUUGGGGGUGAAGGGCGUGAAUACACAGCUCAUGGUGAAGACUGUCAAUGGUACAAAGUUGCACGACUCUAAGGUCUUGAAUGGAUUAAUCGUCAUGGACUUAAAGGGCAAGAAUCCCAUACAGCUACCGAAGAUAUUCACUAAAGAGGACCUCUGCACACCCCCAAAUGUGCCUACGCCUGAACUUGCCCAUCGUUAG